AUGAACGUCCUGAAGCUGCAAAAGAAAUACCCCCAAUUCCCUCAGUCCGAAAUCUACGGCCUGUCCGACGCCUUCCGCAAGCUCGACGUCGACGACAAGGGCUAUGUCGACGAGGCCACGGCCAUCAAGGGCGCCCAGAACACGGAGCGCCAGCCCUACGAUGUCGUGCGCCAGGCCCUGAAAGAGGUGGAGCUGGACAGCUCGCGGCGAGUGGAACUGGACGACUACGUCGACCUGAUCGCCCGCCUGAGAGAGAGCAGUCCUGCCCAGCAGCGCUCGCGCGGCUUCAGCAACGCCGCCCAACCGGACGGAGGAGCCGCGCCGUCCCCAGGACAUGCCAGCAAAGGCAGCGUGGGCGGCGGCGCGCAACCCAAGGCGGGCAGAAUCACUGUUGGAGGGUCGACCGCCAGCUCGCAGCACACCAUCAACGAGGACGAGCGCACUGCCUUCACUUCCCACAUCAACGCCGUCCUUGCCGGCGAUGCCGACAUUGGCCACCUCCUCCCUUUCCCCCUCGACACCUUCGAGAUGUUCGACUCCUGCCGCGACGGUCUCGUACUGGCCAAGCUCAUCAACGACAGCGUCCCCGACACCAUCGACGAGCGAGUGCUGAACAGGGAAGGAAAGAAGAUCAAGAAGCUCAACGCUUUCCACAUGACUGAGAACAACAACAUUGUCAUCGAGUCUGCCAAGGGCAUUGGUUGUUCGGUGGUCAACAUUGGCUCAGGAGAUAUCAUUGAAGUGAGAGAGCAUUUGGUGCUGGGUUUAAUCUGGCAGAUUAUUCGUCGGGGUUUGCUGGGCAAGAUCGAUAUCAAGCUGCACCCUGAACUGUACCGCCUGCUGGAAGAUGGAGAGACUCUGGAGCAGUUCUUGCGACUACCGCCGGAGCAGAUUCUUCUGCGCUGGUUCAAUUACCAUCUGAAGAAUGCUGGGUGGCACCGGAGAGUACAGAACUUCUCCAACGAUGUCAAAGAUGCCGAGAACUAUACAGUCCUCCUCAACCAGCUCGCGCCGAACGUCUGCUCCCGCUCACCUCUUCAAACCUCCGAUCUCAUGCAGCGCGCCGAGCAAGUCCUGCAGAACUCCGAUCGACUGGACCCGCCUUGUCGCAAGUUCCUGACGCCCAAGUCGCUCACCGCCGGAAACCCCAAGCUCAAUCUUGCAUUCGUCGCCAACUUGUUCAACAACCACCCUGGCUUGGAUCCGAUCACUGAAGAAGAGAAGCAAGAGAUUGAAGAUUUCGACGCAGAAGGCGAGCGUGAGGCGCGUGUCUUCACGCUGUGGCUCAACUCCAUGAACGUACAGCCCACGGUUGUCUCGUUCUUCGACGAUCUGAAAGACGGCAUCAUUCUGUUACAAGCAUACGACAAGGUCAUCCCAGGCAGUGUCAACUGGAGACACGUCAACAAGCCACCAGCGAAUGCUGUCACUCCAGCCAGCCAGGACCCAGAUGAGGCCUAUUUGACUAUCAAGUCAGGUAUGUCUCGAUUCAAAGCUGUGGAGAACACGAACUAUGCAGUCGAGAUUGGCAAACAGAACCGUUUCUCCCUCGUUGGAAUCCAGGGCGCCGACAUCACAGAUGGCCAGCGGACACUCACGCUCGGUAUGGUCUGGCAGCUCAUGCGCAAAGACAUCACGAACACGCUUUCAGCCCUUGCGCAGCGACUCGGCAAGCGUGAAAUCAGCGACUCGGACAUGGUGCAGUGGGCCAACAACACUGUCAAGAAGGGCGGCCGAUCCUCUGCAGUACGAUCCUUCAAGGACCAACAAAUCGCCUCUGGCAUCUUCUUGUUGGACGUGCUCAAUGGCAUGAAGAGCUCAUAUGUCGAUUACGACCUGGUGGCGGCGGGCCGAACUGACGAGGAGGCAUAUGCCAACGCCAAGCUGGCCAUUUCCAUUGCGCGAAAGAUGGGUGCCACUAUCUGGCUUGUUCCAGAGGAUAUCACGAACUUACGGACGCGAUUGAUUGUCACCUUCAUUGGCAGCUUGAUGGCGACGGCAGAAAAGUUGGUAUCGUGA